AGUCGUUUGCGUGGUGUUUGUGUGUGUCCCAUUUUUUGCGAAUUGCAAACUCAAUUACAAAAAGUUUUUAAGUUAAUAAAUAUAUAAUAAAAAAUUAUUUAGUAACCAUAAUAGAAAAAAAAGAACGCGAAUUUAUUUAAUCAAUAAAAAAGCAUAAAAAGAAAGAGUGAUCAAAUUUUGAGCAAAUAAGCAACGUGUUCGUUGUAAUAACAAAGAAAGAAAAGAAAUCUAUAGAAAAGCACCACCAUUACAACCAACUAAAGCAAGCAAACUGUAAUUCGAGGCUAUUGUUUGUGGCAAUCAACCAAAAAUUAUUGAAUAUUCACAAAAUUAGUAGAGAAAUCAAUGAAUAUCAUUAAAUAAUAUAAAAUAUAUUGCUCCUUGGCUCUAUUAUUAAUGAAGUAGAAAAGUGUGUUUUUUUUUUAAGAUUUAAGUGUUUGGAAUAAAUAUAUAAAGAAAAAAAGGAAAAACAAGAAAUCGUCUCAUAGCCCCUUUAGGUUAAAAGUCAAUGAACGUGUAAACCUCCAAUACUUUAUUCUUAAUCUUUUUUAAUAAACGACACUAUCGACGAAUUUUUAUCUAAAUGACGAUAAGGCUUCAGAAUAAGUAAAGCAAACAAAGAUUUAUAAAAGUGUGAUUUAAAAGAAGCAAGCAGCAACUAAUCAAUCAACUAAAUAACAACAAGUCAAUUAUUAAAUUUAAGAUUUUAAAUCAAGGGCAAGCGAAGGAAAGAGAUAGAGAAUAGAAAUGUCUACAAUUCCCUCGAACGCCAGCAUACACAACAAUGUCAUUAGUAAUUGCAGUAGUAGUAGCAGUAGCAACAAUAAUAACACUCAAUCGUCCACAUUGGCAGUAUCGGCGUCAACAGCAGCAGCAGUGUCCGCCACUUCAGCGGCAAAUAAUGCUGUGAAAUUAAGAUUUCAUAACAGCUGCACAUUUAGCGGAGUAUUAAUUAGUAAAGUUACCGAUGAAACAAAACUGGAAUUUUGCCCUAAAUAUAAGGGCACCUGCUCCCUGUUUUGUACUUACGAUCCGCAGGGUUACGUUGUUAAAAUAGCUCUGGAUGCUUCUCCUACAAAUAUACUUAAGGAUUAUUUGCUAACAAGUGAUACUGAUGUGGUACAAGUGGCUCAGCGAACCUUUGCCAUUUGCUUUGGUACCGACAAUUUAAUCUUAAGGUUUCCCAAUGAACAAGAUGAGCAAAACUUUCGCCGAAUGUUGGAAAAUGUUAAACGUCUUCGUCCAAAAUCAGUAUUCUCACAACGAACAGAAGAGUCUUCCGCUUCACAGUAUUUCCAAUUUUAUGGCUAUUUAUCGCAGCAGCAAAACAUGAUGCAAGACUAUGUACGAACUAGUACCUACCAGCGAGCUAUACUAGGGAAUUCUAUAGACUUUCACAAUAAAAUAAUUUUAGAUGUUGGUGCUGGUUCCGGUAUAUUGUCAUUUUUUGCUGUUCAAGCGGGAGCUGCUAAAGUAUACGCUAUUGAGGCGUCAAAUAUGGCACAAUAUGCUCAACAGUUGGUCGAAUCCAAUAGUGUCGAGGAUAAGAUAUUCGUAAUACCCGGUAAAAUUGAGGAAAUCGAAUUAUACGAACAAGUAGAUGUUAUUAUAUCGGAGCCUAUGGGCUAUAUGUUAUAUAAUGAACGUAUGUUGGAGACUUAUUUACAUGCCAGGAAAUGGUUAAAACCGGGUGGCAAAAUGUUUCCUACUCAUGGUGAUUUACAUGUAGCACCGUUUUCGGAUGAAGCCUUAUACUCGGAACAAUAUAAUAAAGCAAAUUUUUGGUAUCAAUCGGCUUUUCAUGGUGUCGACUUGACCACUUUGCAUAAGGAAGGCAUGAAAGAAUACUUUCGUCAGCCCAUUGUCGAUACGUUUGAUAUUCGGAUAUGUAUGGCCAAAUCAGUGCGUCACGUUUGCGACUUUUUACGGGACAAUGAAAAUGAUUUGCAUCACAUUGAUAUUCCUUUAGAAUUUCACAUUUUACAAACUGGCAUUUGUCAUGGUUUGGCUUUUUGGUUCGAUGUGGAAUUUUGCGGUACUAGCCAGCAAGUGUGGUUAUCCACUUCACCAACGGCACCCUUAACUCAUUGGUAUCAGGUGCGAUGCUUGCUGCCUAUGCCUAUUUUCAUAAAACAAGGACAAACUUUAACUGGCCGCGUGCUCUUAGAGGCCAAUAGACGUCAAUCGUAUGAUGUUACCAUAGAUUUGCACAUAGAAGGUACAUUAACUUCUUCAAGCAAUACGUUGGACUUGAAGAAUCCCUACUUUCGUUAUACGGGUGCUCCGGUACAGGCACCACCCGGUACAUGCAGUCAAAGUCCAUCAGAACAAUAUUGGACACAGUUGGAUAGCCAAGGUCAGCGCAACGCUGGCAAUUUAGUUAAUGGCUUAACUGUCAAUGGUAUGACUGAUGUCUCAAUGGAUAUUUCUCAUACGCUUAUGCAUCCUCAGACUUAAAUAUAUAUAUAUAUUUAUAAAUAAGUGAAAAAGCGAAAUAUACUUUUUACACAUAGACACUUACACGCUCACACAAACACACACACUCAUAUAUUUCGAAACCACCUAUAUAAACUUAGCUAUAGAUACAUACAUAACUUCUUGUACGAGCGUUCAUUUAUAAAACAAUAAUU